AUGACUGUACCAGCCUUUGGAUUCUCUGCCGGCGACUUCGUUAGCGCCGUGAAGUUAAUCGUCGACAUCACCCAAGCGUUGAAAAACACAGGUGGCGCUGCAGGAGAUUAUCUUCAAGUGCUGGCCGAUUUGAACCUUUUGAAAGACGUUUUGUCACACCUGCACCAACAGCAAACCGGCGCGACGAGGCAAAGAAGCAACAACCCUUUUGCAGAGCAUGCGCGGAAACAAGCAGAUCUCACUUUAUCUACACUAGCAAAUUUCCUCGACCUGAUAUCCAAAUUCGAUGCUAGCCUAGGUCCUCAAAGAUCGUCAGCAUGGUAUCGCGGUGUUGGUAGAAAAGCGCAAUGGGCGCUAGUCUAUUCGAAGCAUGUUGAUGAUCUGCGGUCAAGGAUUGGGACACAGAUUCAGACGUUAAACCUCGUCACUCAACUACAAGAAGACGACCGUAACGACCUCGAUGAGCUGAAUAGUCAGCUCAACAUAAUCAAAGUCCAGAAUGAACAGGUCAUAACACAACUCCAAGACCGCCGAAUCAUUAGCAUCGAAGAACUUCGAGAACAACUCAGUCUGCUUGACCUUCAGGACGAUGAACACCAACCUGGUAACGCACCUGCGCCGCCUCAAGUUAUUGAAAACUCUCAAUCAAGUGCAAGUCGCCGACCGGUAGUAGCAUACUUGGAAGAGCCCGACAUGAAUGUGACUACAACACCGGGGGGCCCAACCCAGUACUUCGUCUCAACAAGACAUGACUAG